UUCUGGUUGGUUGGUUGUGCAAAAUGGAAGUGAAAAUAACAUCAACAUAAACAUAGGAAAAACUAACCUAGUAGUGAAUGAAGCGUUAAAGUACUAAAUUGAACGAGAGCCAAAACUUUUCAUGUGUUAGAAAAGAUAUUUUUGUUUUUUAUAUUAUAACUUGUAUUAAAAUCAAUUAGAUUAUUUCAUCGGUUAUACUUAUCACAAUUCAUACAUAUUCUAUUGUUUAAAAAUGGUCUUUUGUUGUUUAUAUACACCCUAAUCUAGUUUUGUGUAUUUAUAGGUAAGCCUAGGUAUUAAAUUCAUUAUAGACAAUGUUUGUGUUAAUUGAAAUAAUUUAAUAUAAGAUAAAAUAUUAAAAACUGGAUUGCUACUAAUUUUUACUAGCAAGAAGAGGUUGUUGUACUUGUGCUAGAGGCUGCCUAUUAAUAGGACUUUUACCUCUAUAAUCACAGGCUGUAGCUGACCUAAAAAUUUGAGAAGUUCAUUAAAAAUUGUGAAGUAUGGAUGACAUCACGAAGAUUGAUCUUUAUGAAUUAUUGGGUAUAUUGCCUUCAGCUACAGUUCAGGAGGUUAAGAAAGCAUACCGUAAGAAAGCUCUCAAGUGCCAUCCGGAUAAAAAUCCAGAUAAUGCAAGAGCAGGAGAGCUCUUUCAUCAGUUAUCGAGGGCAUUAGAAAUUCUCAUUGAUGAAUCAGCUAGGGCUGCAUAUGAUAAAGUAAUAAAUGCUAAAAAGGCUGCAGCUCUUCGAAACAAAGAGCUUGAUUCUAAAAGAAAGAAACUGAAAGAAGAUCUUGAAGCUAAAGAAAGACAGGCACAGACUGAAGAAAUCAGGGAAAAGUCUGCUGAGGAAAAGUUUAAGGCUGAGAUUGAGCGACUUCGUAAGGAGGGUUCAAAACAAUUGGAAGAAGAGAUAGAGUUUGUCCGUUCGCAGAUUCAACGUGAAAAAUAUUGUGAUUCUGAGCAGCUUGAUCUUGAUUUAUUCAGAUUAAAAGUAAAAUGGAAAGUUACAGAAGGUGACCAAUCACAUAAUACCUACAAUCAUGAAUCUCUGACAAAAAUAUUUUCAAAGUAUGGAGAAAUAUCUGCAUUGGUUGUAUCAAACAAGAAAAAGGGUUCAGCAUUAUUAGAAUUCAACUCUUCAACAGCUGCAAUAAAUGCACAACGGCUGGAACAGGGGUUUCUGUCAAACCCAUUGUCAGUGAGUUGGUUGAGAGGAAGGCCUCCCAGUGUUGGUGUACCGUUUAAUGCAACCAGAGGUCCAAAUGUGACUACUACUCAGCCUGGAAUGAAUAUAUUCCCCUCUGUACCAACCAACACUUCUACUUCCCAAUCUAAAGUGUUCCCUUGCUUUCAUCCAGGGUCUGAUAUAUUUAAGAAGAAUAGACAAGAAAAACAAGAAACGGAUUUUGAGGCAGCAGUUCUAUCAAGGAUGAGGCAGGCAGAAGAAGAAAAAAGAAGAGUAGUAGAAAGAGGAGGAAGUUGACACUAGCAAUUUCAAAUUAUUUGAAUCUAUUGUAAUUUUGUGUACAUAAAUAUUUUCCAAGUGUA